AUGAGGUCUGUGACCACAGCUGCCCAGAUGCUGCUGGACCGAAUGUGUUAUUUAGAGGAAGUGGGCUGGUUUCAGGCCUUUCUGGACAUCCUGCUCUCCUCAGUGAGUACACUGGAGCCCAGAGAGUGUGAGGAGGUCCAGGCGGAGGAGAGUCAGCGCGGUCGUAUAGCUGCCAGUGAGAAGCUCGUGACGAGUCUCCUGCGCUCAGACAAACCCAACUGGUUUAAACUGCUGAAGCACGCGCUGGAAAACUGUGACUUAGACAAGGCUCUAGACAUGCUGGAGACAAAUGGAGGAGGAAAGGCUGUGAAGGCCAGUGAAUGGGACGGAGAGCUGGAGGCCAUGAUGACGACCGUGUGUUUCAAGUUCAGAGAGGAGACUGAAGACAUGCUGAUUAGCAGCAACAACACGAAGUCCUUCAUAAUUGUGGGCCUGACGGCGUCAGUCAGCAUCAGUUCGUUCAAGAGCAGGCUGGAUGCGGAGAACAACAUCUUACAGCUCUGUGCCAAUCUGGACACCAGGGUCAUCACCACAGUUACUGAACACAAGGAUGAGCUCAAGUCAUACGUGCACAUGCCUGAGAAAGCUUUUUUCGAGGUUAAACAGUGCACGAGUCACCCCUUCAUCAGAAUAAUCAAAAACAUCAUGAGUAACAUCGAGCAGCUGGCGCAGAAGACCUACAACAUCGAGAGCCUGCUGAACAUCCAGAGCCGCGAGUAUGGCUCGCAGAAAUAUGAGCAGUGGCUCAUUUCUGUUCAGAAGAGCUGGAGAGUCUUACAGAUGAAGAACACAGACGAGGAGAGACACAUCUGCAGAGAACGCUACAACUACACCGAACACCUGUGGCCAGCGUUCGCUUGCAUCCAGAGCAGAAGAUGGGUGUUUGAGGAAGAACAGCGGCGUUCAUCAAAGCACGAGCCGUCUGCUGCUGUCUUUGUGCUCUUCCUAGUCCUGUGA